AUGUUGGCCCAAAUCAAGAAUGAUCCCCUCUACCAGGACCUCAACUGGCGCCUGAUGCUCAUCGGCUGCGUCGCCAACCUCGGCGCGAUGGGGUUCGGCUUCGACAAUGGCUGGUGGGGUGGUGCGCUCGGCCUAUCGCAGUUCCAAAAGAAGUACGGCGAAUAUGACGACGCUCUCGGCCGGUACGCGAUCCCCGCUACGAAGACGUCUGUCGGAACGGGUACGGGUUCGGCUGGUAUCAUCAUCGGAUGCAUCCUCGCGCCCUUUGUCACUUCGAGAUUUGGUCGCAAGAAGUCCUUCUUGGUCAUCUCUGCUCUGAUGGGCACCGGCGUUGUGCUUGAGUCGUCUGCAGUUACGUCCUUCUGGCAAUUGGUGGUUGGGAGAAUUAUGGUCUAUGCGGGCAUGGGCCUAGCAUCGAACCUGACGCCCAUGUACCUCUCCGAGUGCUCUCCUCCGAGGAUUCGAGGUGCCUUUCUGGCACUCUACAGCUUCUUCCUCUCUUUCGGUGUCUUCAUGGCUGCGAUUGCAGUCUAUUUGUCGCGCACUAGGAAUGAUCAAUGGCAGUACCUAAUUGUGAUCUUGUGCCAGCUCUUCGUCCCAUUGGGCUACGUCGUCAUGAAGCUUUCGAACCACCCCGAGACGAUCGCACAAGAGGUACAGCUCCUCAAAAUCCAAGUCGAGGAGCAGCGCGAGCUGCACAAGGCCACAUCUCUGAAUGACUGCUUUAAGGGCGUAAAUCUGCGUCGCACAAUCAUUGCUAUGAGCCAGCUUGGAUUCCCCGACUCCCUGCGAACGAACGUUAUGGUCACCGGAUGCGGUUUCGCGGUGCAUUUCAUCACGUUCUUGACUUUUGAUAAACUCGGCCGUCGACGAUCGCUCUCUCUGGGCGCGGUGCUGCUUGCUGGCAUGAUGCUUGGUACUGGCGCCGCGACUGCAACUGGGUCUGCUGGUCACUAUUCUUCGGCGGUUGCCAAGGCUGCCGCCGCUCUGCUUAUCCUUUGGUACUCGAUCUACGGAAUCACCUGGGGCCCUGGCUGCUGGGUUGUCGCCGGAGAAAUCGGCACCGGCCAGCUCAGAGAAAAGACUCUGUUCCUGACUUCAAUGGGCAGUUUCCUCACAUCGGUACCGAUCAACUUCGUCAACCCCUACGUUCAGGCCAAGCUUGGCGGCGGUGUCACAUUCAUUUACGGUGCCUUCUCGGUUGUCGCAGCCAUCUGGGUGUUCCUGAUGGUUCCCGAGACCAAGAACCGCUCGCUUGAGGACUUGGAUGAGAUGUUCCAGGCCAACGUUAAGACGAGAGAGUUCAAGAAGUACGUGUCGACUGGCCUGGGUGCCCAGAUCACCAUGGCGGAGGAUAAGGGUGCCAAGAAGAUGGAGCUUGAGCAGGAGGAGGAUGCGUAG